AUGUCGAAACUCGAACUGAUAUAUCAGCAGUUGUGUUCUCUUCCAGCUUCCGAGCUUCUCUCGAUCCAUCCGAAUGACCUGGCAGCUUCUGGCUUUCAGCUUCCUGCAAGUUGGAAGGGUUGGUGGGAAUGGGCCACAUCAAUAGAUGAUGAAAAUACACCAUGCAUCCCAAGGUGGAUGUCGAUUCUCCAUUACUAUUCUCCGUCGCCCGAUGACCAGCGGACGGGAAAUCAAGUUCCGAGCAAUAAAUCUUCAGUGGGCCUGAUUUAUGAUCAGCGCAUCCCGCCCGAUUUGAAAGCGCUCAUCGAUGUAGUUGUCCGCCUCCAGUUGAGGAGAGAUCACGUUGCCAUCGGGAAAACCUCCGAGUCGGCUGGGCCCCGAUCAUAUGGCAUGUCGCCAAAGAAAGACCACGAGGUCUCCAGGAUGUCAGAAUACAUCAACCGACUUUUAAAUCUAGGUUCUGCGGAUACAUUACAUCAUGUUGUUGAUGUGGGUUCAGGACAAGGAUAUUUGUCUCGUGCCGUUCAAAAUUUGGGUCUACAUGUGCUAGCUCUUGAUUCCAAUGAAAUCCAGACCUCCGGGGCUGAACGCUGGAAAGCAAAAGAAGCAGCAAGAAGGCAGAAGCAGCUUAAAAAGGGGAAGGACGCCCAGAGCGGCAUGCCCGACUCAAACCAUCACUGCAACAGUCCCCUUUUCCAAUCACACGUGCCCACCUCUGUACCUUCGGCUUUCACUGCCAGCAAAAACAUAAUACACAGCCGUAUGGGUUCUCUUACCCACCAAACCAUCUGCAUCAAUCCCCGCACACUUGAAUCGUCGAUUCGCGAUUGGCUUCUCUCCAGUGAAGACAACCGAAUCGCUGGUAGCAUGAUCGGAGAUUUGCUUGUCGACAGGACUGAUCAACGCACACCUGAGGAGAAGCCAGUCCCUGUGAUGAUGGUUGCCCUUCACGCCUGCGGAUCGCUCACGCCUGAUGUCCUUCGCGCGUUCUUGUCUAAUCGCCGUAGACCCUCAGCCCCCGAUGCCAUUUGGACAGCACAGGCAAUCGUUAUAGUGGGAUGCUGUUACAACUUGAUGGCACCUGAGGAUUUUCCGUUGUCCCGGUCGCUUCGUGAACGAACCCCAGUAGCAACACUUCCUCUUGCCUCUCGCCACCUGGCUGCACAGAUCCCAGCUCAAUGGCUCCGCAAUGAAACGUCUGCCCGAGAAACAUCUUUAGCAAUACGCAAGGUAGUUUUCCGAGCCCUUCUUCAGCCUCUCCUUCAAAUAAUAGGUGCACGAGAAGCCUCCGCAAAUCACACUGUUGACGAUCUCCGCGGCGCAGGUCAAACACUAGAAAAUAUGCGUUUGGGGAAACUCCCUGAUGCUGCGUACAAGGAUUGGGAAACGUUCCUUGAUCGCGCGACUUCGAAGACUGGCGUCCGACUCGACCAAACCGCGGCACAGUCUCCCGUUUAUGUUCAUAAUGAGCGUGAACGAAGGCAGCUGGAAAGUGCCUUGUCAGUAUUGCACGUAUUGAGGUGCAUCAUGGGACCUCUGAUAGAAUCCCUCAUCCUCCUUGAUCGACAUGAAUGGAUUCGAGAAGAGUUGAACGGCAGUAGUGGAUCACAGGGGUCAGACGCAAUGGAUGUUGACCUCGUAAACCUGUUUGACCAGGCAACAGGAAGUGGAAGGAACGUAGCUAUUGUUAUCAAGCCUCGCGAAUGGCGCAAUAUGAUCUAG